AACACUGGAGGCUGUGACGUCACCUUCGUCUGUGGCGCUUUGAGUCGAUUGGGAGCCAACUUUCUGUCUUCUUGCGGUAAACUUUAGUUCUCUCUUGAGUUGUCGUCCACGGGCGCCGAGGGGAGGACAAGAUGGACGGAACUCUGCAGGUCAGCCAGCAGGUGGCGGCCUCCUUUAAGGCUUUCCUCAUGAAGAGCAGCAGCAAAAGCAACUUAAACCUGUACGACCACCUGUCCCGACUGCUGCUGCGCGUGAUCGAAGAGCGUCCGCACGACGUGGUGGACGUGGUGGAGGACCUGAGCCACGACGUCAAGCUGCGUCUCUACGAGGACACGCAGAGCAACCUGCAGGACCUCCAGCAGACCACCAUGGCGGAGGAGCUGGCCGAGCAGCAGCGGGUCCUCUACGUCCGCGCCGAGGACGCCGAGCAUGAGUACGAGCUGAUGGAGACGGCGCUGCCCAACGUGAGCGAGAUCGCCUACUUCCUGGAGCAGGCCGGGGUGGGUCUGGGCCGGGAGGAGAUGCAGAGGGUUUUCCUGGCCCUCAAGCAGCUGGUGACCGCCAACCCCAUGCAGCGCUGCCGGCUCUGGGGCAAGAUCCUGGGCACAGAGAGGAGCUACAUCAUCGCCGAGGCCGAGUUCGAGGCCGAGGAGGAAGACGAGGAGGGCGAGGAAGACGCCGCCGACGAGGAGUCCAAGGAGACCGACCCCAAAGACAAAGGGGAGAGCGAGUUGGAUCCGCUUCCUCAGUCCACCUACAAGCCCCCGCCGGUGGUUCCCAAGGAGUCCAAAGGAACGGGCGCCAACAAGUUUGUGUACUACGUGUGCAACGAGGCCGGCCUGCCUUGGACCAAGCUGCCGUCCGUCACUCCCGCUCAGAUCACCAUCGCCCGGCAAAUACGCAAAUUCUUCACGGGGAGGCUGGACAACCCCAUCGUGAGCUACCCGCCCUUCCCCGGAGACGAAUCCAACUACCUGAGAGCACAGAUCGCCCGCAUCUCCGCCGGCACCCAGAUCAGCCCGCAGGGUUUCUACCAGGCCAUCGAAGAGGAAGGCGCCGAGGAGGAAGGAGGCGACGAGGACGGAAUCGAAGAGAACCCGGAAUUUGAGGGCGUUCCCGUCGGCGAGUUGGUGGAGUCUUUGUCCUCCUGGGUGCAUCAUACUCAGCACAUACUGCAACAGGGCCGCUGCACCUGGGUCAACCUGGCCGUGAAAAACGAAGACGAGUCCAACGAGGAUGACGGCGACGAGAUAGAAGAGGACCCCGACGAGCCCGAGCCAGAGGUGGGGCCCCCUCUGCUCACGCCCCUCUCCCAGGACGCAGAAAUAUUCGAGACCCCUCCAUGGAGCCCCAGCCUGUCCUCCUCGCUCACCCCCCAGCACGCCAUCGCCGUGAUGCGCUCCAACUGCUGGCCCGGGGCGUGUGCAUACGCUCACGGGAAGAAGUUUGAGAACAUUUAUGUCGGCUGGGGGCUGAAGUACCCAGGGGACGGCUACAGCCCGCUUCUCCCGCCGCCACCCCAGAACGAGUACCCCAGUGCGCCAGAGAUCACCGAGGACGUGGACCCCACGGUGGAGGAGGAGCAGGCGCUGCAGGACGCUUUGGACGAGAAGCAGGCCGCCGAGGAGGCGGAGGAGGGCGACUCGGAUGAAGAACAGGACGAGGAGGAUGAUUGAGGAUCAUCAUUGAAGAUGGAGGAUGUCAAGGUGGUGUACUAAUGUUUGGCCAUUGUUGUAGGAGAGAGCUGUCAGCAUAUCAUUGGAAGAAAAUCUAACCAAAAAAACAGUAAAAAUGUCCGAAAAAUGAUCAAAAAUACAUAA